AUGGGCCUCGAGUCUGAUGUUGCCCCCGGAGGACUAGUCAUCACCAUGUCGAAACCCCUCCCUCCCCGCCCCAGCGACGAGCGCUCGCUGCUGCUCCCCCUCGACGACCCAGGCCCGGACCCCUCCGACCUCGUUCUCUUCCGCCGCGCCGUCGGGAUCAACGUCCGCUACGACGACGGCGGCGACGCCGACGACGCCGCCCUGGAAUCCUCCCGCGCCGCGCCUCUCGGAAUCUACGCCGCCGCCAUACGCCGCCCACCGCCGCCACCGGGCCCUCCGCAUCGGCACCGCGAUGACAUAUCCGCGCUGAGAAUAUAA